AUGCCUGCGGGAGAUUUUUGUGCCACGUCGUGGCGGGUACACCCCACCGCCGCGAUUGCAGCUAGUAAGAUUGCAUCCACGGCGGGCGGGAGAUCGACGGCUGCGAGUGGAAGGAGAUCGACGGCUGGAGCUGCGUCUCGCCUGUCAGCUGUAUCUGCUGAUGGCUCGGCUAUUGUAGCGGAAUCAGAGCCAGAGGGGGAGGGGGGGUCGGCGGGUAAGGGGAAAGAGGAUAAGCGUGCUAAAUCUGAGACAGGGGGAAGUGAGUUGGUGAGUGGAGACGAGGAUGUGGGAGCGCCGUUGAUAGCAGCAGACGCAGCACGCAUUCCAGGAGUAGAGUCGACGCCAGGAAUCCCGGCAUUAGCGGCAGCAGGAUUGGCAGCAGGUGGGGAGGGGGGCGGGUUGGCGUUGGGGGAGUGGGGUUAUGCGGUGGCAGGGAGGGCAGCGCGGGCGGUGGGGGGGGCAGGGCGAGUGGUGGCGGCAGCGCUGCCGCCGGAGUCAGCAGUUCUGCUCACGGCGUGCGUGGUGGGGCUCCUCACUGGCGCCUCUGUGUCGCUCUUCAACGAAGCAGUGCACGCCAUCCGAGACACCGUGUGGCAGGGCGUGCCGCCCGAGGGGGGCUCCACGUGGCUGCGCAGCCAGUCAGUGGCCGCCACGUGGCACCUGCACAUCUUUGUUCCCCUGGCGGGCGGCGUGGUGGUGGGCAUCCUCAACACCGUCCGAUCGGAGAUCAAGGACCUACCGCUCAUUAGACAGCCUCCACGUGGCAGCAGCAGUGGCAGCAGCAGUGACAGCAGCAGCGACGACGGCAGCAGCAGCACCAGCAGCACCUCCUUCGCCUCCCGUGCAGCCCAGUCAGCCGCUCAGAAUCUCGUGGCUGUGCUGCGCCCGGUGCUCAAGGCAGUGGCAGCGGCGGUGACGCUGGGCACGGGCAACAGCUUGGGGCCGGAGGGGCCGAGUGUGGAGAUCGGGGCGAGCAUGGGCAAGGGCGCAGGAAAGGUGGUGCAGGGGGGACGAGAGCGGACCAUUGCUCUUGUUGCUGCUGGCUCCGCUGCUGGUAUCUCUGCUGGUUUCAACGCAGCGGUAGCGGGUUGUUUCUUUGCGCUCGAGUCGGUGUUGCGCUCGUCCGUGUCCUCCGCGCCCGCCUCCCUCACCACGGCCAUGGUGCUGCUCUCCUCUGUGCUCGCCGCUGUCGUCUCACAGCAGAUCCUCGGCUCCGACCCGGCUGUGCAGAUUCCCCUUUAUGAGUUCCGCUCGCCAGCAGAGCUGCCUCUCUACCUGCUGCUCGGCCUGUGCUGUGGGGGGGUGUCCAUCGCGCUCACCCGUUCAGCCCGCCUUGCCACAGACGCCUUUGACCGCCUGCUGCUGCUCUCCCUGCUGCCUCCUGCACUGCUGCCGGCCCUGGGGGGCUUGUCAGUGGGAGUGAUCUCCCUGGCCUACCCCGAGGUGCUCUACUGGGGCUUCCAGAACAUCAACGACCUCCUCGGCUCUAGACCGCUUGCCAGUGCACCUCAGGUGGACUUCCUCCUGCAGCUAGUCGCCCUCAAGGUGCUUGCCACGGCCAUCUGCCGCGGGUCGGGCCUGGUGGGCGGCUUCUAUGCGCCGUCACUGUUCAUCGGGGCGGCACUGGGGCAGGCGUAUGGGCGGCUGGCGAGUGACGUGCUGGUGGCUGUAGACCCCGAGUACAACCUGCAGUGGAUCCAAGUCGCCGCUCCUCAAGCCUAUGCCAUGGUGGGCAUGGCAGCAACGCUAGCCGGAGUGUGCCAGGUGCCACUCACAUCGGUCCUUCUCCUCUUUGAACUCACUCGCGACUACCACGACUCGGCAUCGCUGGACGUGCGUGACGGAGUGCUGCUGGAGGAGCAGGUGCAGCGCGAUCUGGCCGUCUCCACCGCCAUGCGCCCCGCCUCCAGCCCCUCCGUUGCCGCUGUGCCGCUGCUGCUGGUGCGGCCGCGCGAGUACAGCUCACAGGGAAGGCGUGAUGGGGAGACGGGUUAUAGGGCACAGGGAAGGGUUGGUGGGGAGGCGGAAAAUAGGGUGAGGGCGGUGGGGGUAGCAAAUCCUGAGUCAGGUCAAGAUGCAAGUGGUGUGGGGGAGGUGGAGUACAGGCCGAGCACGGUGGGGGAAGCUGUGGCAGCGAUGGUGGCGAGCCGGCAGUGGUGCUGUGUGGUGGUGGGGGAUGGGGGCCGGUUGGAGGGGCUGCUUACACUGGUGGACGUGCAGCAGGAGGUGGAGAGGAGGGUUGCUGCAGAGAGAAGAGGAGCAGGGCGGGGAGGGAGGGGUGGGAGGAGAGGGCAAGGAGGGAGAAGGUUGAGAGGGGAAGCAGGGGGGGGAGGGAGGAAGGGGGCAGGAGACGAAAGCAGUGGAGAGAGCGAUGGGAGUGGUGGGGAAGGUGACACAAGUGGCACCGGUGCAGCUGAUGGUGGUAUUGCAGCUAGCGUGACUACUGCCAACGUGACAGUAAAGGGGGCGGUGGAAGGUCUACCAGUGUCUGUGCUAUGCACGCCGUGGCAGCAGCUAGAGACCAUCUCCCCAGCCGCCUCCCUCUACGAGGCUAGAAGGAGACUCACUGCCCGCGGCAUCCGGCAGCUUCCCGUGGUGCUUCAGGUGGGUGGAGGUGGGUCGAUUGGCCUUACCAUGUUUUAG